CAGGUGUCAUAUGAACCUGGCUGCUUAGAAUCACAUUUUCUGCUCUUGCUGCCUGUGGCUGUACCUCGUCCACUUCUCAGCCAGAAACUGGUGGCAUCUCUUCUAGCUGCAAAGAGCCAUGAGUCUGUACAACAACCGCUAUGCCACCACCAGAGGCUUCAGCAGCAGAUCCCAGGGCUCCCUCUUAGGAAGACCCACUGUAGUCCGGGCAAGUAUGGGCUACCAGCCUGGACUACAGAGAGCAAGCAGUGGUCUGAACAUCUCCCGCAUCACACCUGGAUCCAGUACUUUCCUGCUCUCCUCCCUUCCCAACCUGGAGAUGAAUCCUAAACUGCACCAGCUGAGGAACCAGGAGAAGGAGCAGAUCAAGGGUCUCAACAAUCAGUUUGUCAACUUCAUAGACAAGGUCAGAGAUUUGGAGAGACAGAAUAAGAUCCUAAAGACCCAGCUGCAUCUGCUGAAGGAGAAAGACAGUUACAAGUCCAACAUUGACCAGAUCACACUGGCGUCCAGCAAUAACCUCAAGCAACAAAUCGAUGGACUACUGCAUGAGAAGGACAAGCUGCAGACCGAGCUCCACAACAUGCAGGCCGUAGUGGAGGACCUGAAGAACCGAUAUGAGGAUGAAAUUAACAGACGGAAUCAGUUAGAAAAUGAUUUUGUGCUGACAAAGAAGGAUCUGGACGACACCUACCUCCACAAGGUGGACAAUGAAUCCAAGCUAGAGAGCCUCACCGAUGAGAUAGACUAUCUGAAAAAGCUGUACAAGGAGGAAAUAAAUGAGCUGCAUUCUCAGAUGCACAAUGACAAAGUGACCGUAGAACUGGAUAAUAGCCGUGAUUUGGAAAUGAAGCAUGUCAUGGAUGAGGUCAAGGCACAGUACCAGAGUAUGGCAGAUAAGAGCCGCCAGGAGGCCGAGAGGUGGUACAAGAGCAAGAUUGAUGAUAUGGUCAAUCAGGCAAAACGCACCAAUGAUGAGUUAAAGGCCAUGAAGGCUGAGCUGGCUGAUCUACACCGGAUGAUACAACGCGUCAAUAGCGACAAUGAGGCACUAAAAAAUCAGAGGGCCAACCUAGAGAACGGCAUUACCCAUGCUGAGGAAAAUGGAGAGCAGGCUAUGCAGAAUGGUAAGACUCAUGCACAAGAUCUGGAAGAAGCUCUAAAGAGGGCAAAGCAGGACAUGGCCAGCAAGGUGCGAGAAUACCAGGACCUCAUGAACACCAAGCUGGCACUGGACAUUGAGAUUGCCACGUACCGCAAACUGUUGGAGGGAGAGGAAAACAGGUUGAACAAUCACACACCAAGCUCCCAGCGUAGUGCUAUAGACAAGUUGGCCAAUCUCUUGAACUUUGACGUGAAAACCUCUGCUGCAGCACAAAAACCACCCAACUCAAAGAAAGUUGUUCUGGUGAAGACCAUAGAGACAACUGAUGGAAAACAAUUGUCCCAGGCUAGCCACUAUUCCGAGAAAUGAUACAAGAUGGGGUCCCAAGCUGUACACAGGAGAGCUUCUCAGUGACUGCCUACACCUACCUACAGAAGUCUUUGAACAAAUCUAUCAGAUCUAUCUUAUUCCCUUUAUCUAUUUAAAAGGUUUAGUCCUCUAAUCUACCAGUUCACUUAGCUUUUAUAACUACUUUUCUGCCUUAUUUGCUACCUCUAUUACCUAUCAGCAUAUAAAAAGCAAACUACAAUACCUUAGGGAGCAGAGAUGAUCUCAUACCCUUGUGUUCAUCCACUGCAGCUAGGCUGUGUCUCCACUUAGCAGGACAACUCUUCACCACCAUCCUUAGCGUUCCUGGGUCACAGAAAAAGAAAAAUACCAACCAAGCAGGGGCUGGCUGGGGAGAGCGGCAGGGUGCCAUCUGCCCCCAGGGCCAGUGCAAUUCAAGUGUUCCAGGGCCAUUUUUGCAUUGCAUUCUCUGUGAAAAGCUGGGCACUUGCUUGAGUUUGCCCCCCAGGCUGAAAGUUGCCAGCCAGUCCCUGCAACCAAGACCCUAACCUUAUAUAUUUACUUCCAACAGUGCCCUAACAUUAACUACACUAAAUCUGAAUUUACCUGUUUAAAAAGAUUGUCCACAUUGGGUAAUUAUUUCUUAAUAAAAUAUAAUCCCCACCCCAUAUAUAGCAAAUACUGUCAAGUCUCCCCACUACACAGACAUCCCAUGCUGCAGGAGUAGUGUUCAUUCUUCUGCUACAGAAUAACCCCCUCUGUCCUGCUAAAUUUAAAGCUUUAUUCUCUAAAGUUCCUAAUUCUGGACUGUAGCAUAACUAAAUAAAGCUAUGGUUUGGAGAUGCCUGCUCUCUGGAAUAAAUAGACAUUUUUCCUAAGGUAUGAUUAUAAAGUUACUCAUCGCCAUUUAACUCUGCAAUGUUGAUGCUUUAUAAAUAAAGGAUAAGAUUGUCACCAA